AUGGCUUUUAAUCGCUUCCGGCCUACAUCGCACUUCAUUGCUCCUCAUUCAUGGAUGAACGACCCAUGUGGUGCAGUCUGGAUACAAGAGACGCAGGAAUACCGUGUUUGCUAUCAAUGGAGCCCCGGUAGUUCCAAGGGGGGAAAUAGUGCCUGGGGAAUGGCAAAGAGCAAAGAUCUAAUCACCUGGCAUGACUGCACUCCGGCUUUGAGCAACGGCACAUCCUAUGAUUCACUAGGUGUUUUCUCUGGAUCAAUCGUUUCGAGAAUUGUCGACGGGCAGCGAUUUUUGUACCUUUUCUAUACGAGUGUCUCUUCAUUACCAAUCCAUUGGUCGCUACCUUACGUCGAUGGUUGUGAGUCCCAGUCUGUUGCAUUCUCAACAGAUUUUGGGAAAACAUGGCAUCGUUAUCAGCAUAAUCCGCUUCUUUUAUCACCACCAGAUGGAAAAAGAACCACUGGAUGGCGGGACCCUUUUGUUUCCCAGUCCCAGUCUCUUUCCAAGCUACUGGGGGGAGAUGUCAACACGAACUUUAUGAUGAUCGCGUCGGGCGACCGAGAUUUUGGAUCUCAGCUUUGUCUAUAUCAAUCCAAUGAUCUGCUUGUAUGGGAGUUUCUGGGAACAGUUUUGAAGGUCAAGCAUGGUUCCAACAUCUCACCCACCAGCGGCUUGCAAUUUGGGAAGAACUUUGAAUGUGUUUCGUUCUUUUCCCUAGGCCGGCAAGACUAUAUCAUCGUGGGUGUCGAGGAAGAUACUCAUAGCAAAAGACACAAUGGGCAUUACCUCUUGUGGCUUUCCGGCAAGUUCACACCGAAGAAUGGCAGUCUUGACUUCGAAAUUCAGUCUCAUGGGUUGUUAGACCACGGCAUCACAUAUGCAGCUCAUAUCUUCCGUGAUAGUGACAACAGACUAAUCCAACUUGGUUGGGCCGAUGAAAGUGCCAAAGAGUCUGUAAUAGUGUCUCAGGGCUGGGCAGGGUGUCUAGCCCAUCCGCGGGAGCUCUUCGAGAUGUCAAAGCCCAUAAGUGAUGCCGGAAGAGCAAACAGUAGAUGGUUCGUUGACGAAGAAUCCGGUACGAUGUCAACACUUGGAAUUUGUCCAGCACCACAAGUCACAACUCUCAGAUCUGGCUAUCCCUCAAAGUCGCUUCGGGAGUUGAACUCAAUUCGAUCGAAGACUUUUGAGCUCACGGCUACCUUCAGGAACCUCUCCGGCAACGAGGAAUUCGUUUUCAAUGUUCGCCAAUCACCCGAUCAAGCCGAAUCUACCAUGCUCAUUUUCGAUCUUGUAAAGGGUGUGGCCACCGUUGACAGAAGCAAGUCUUCUGUUCAUGGGCUUGGGACAUCAACUCCUGACUUUGGUGAUCUCAACCUUCUGGACGGGGAGGAUCUUGUUGUUCGCAUCUUUGUGGAUGUUUCUCUGAUUGAAAUAUAUGUCAAUGAUCGAUUUGCGCUCACGUCACGCAUUUAUCCAAGCCUUGAGUCUUCAAUAUGUGCAUCUUACGAUUUGGGCUCGUACCCUGAGUCGGCUGUAGAUGCGCAAUUAUGGGAUGAACUAAGUGAUGCAUGGCCAGACAGAAGCCCUGGUUAUAUGUUGACCGAGAUGGGCGCGCAUGUAGGGGAUGAGCCUAAACUGGAGGUUGGGAAAAGUGAAAGGGUUCUGUACCCUACUAUCGUCGCUUGA